UCAGAAUGCUUCUGCAUGAUGCUGGCGGUCUGCACUUCCUGUUCGUUCACUGGGGUCCCUGCGUUUUCUGGUGCUAAGAGGUCAAAAGAGAUCAAAGAACCUGAUUCGUUUGUGACGAACUACCUCUUGAAGUGACUUUGCUUAAAAUAAGGGGGCUGUAAGGUUCCCCCACGGGAGUGCACUUCCAUUAACACCACAAUACACUUCAACGGCACAUUACGGACCUCUCACCUGAAAUUAACCUGUGCAGCGAAGCGGGUGUUAGGCUUUGGGGGCUAUUAGAGCAGUGAGGGCUUCAUAUUCGGAAGGAGACCUUGGACAUCAUUAACGGCUUGAUGUGGGAGUGCUGAUGGAACACCGAGGCCAGUCACACCCCCGCUCUUUUCCAGUUCUGUUUCAUUUGUGUAAGGCUGUUCUAAGAAACUAGGGACUAUUAUAUUAUUUAAAGUGUGAAUUGGAACAAAAUGUACCAAAAAAGACAGUGGAAGGAUCUUGGACAGAGAUACCGGGGAGGAAUGGAAUGAGAAAGUGGUGGCAAAAGACUUUUCUACAUAAUACCAGGUGUACAUUCUCAAAGGAGUGUGGAGUGGAGAAGACUCGAAUUCCCUUGCAUUAUCUGAGACCCUUCCUCCCUGGCCAUUGCAAUGGGUACCCCGGGAACUGGAGAGCCUUACCCAUGAUGCCAGUGAGCCAGCUGGCGACCAGCAGGACCCAGUCUGCUGCCCACUGCUAUGGGUUUGCUUUUCCUUCUGCUGGCUGUGUGCCGAUUGCUGUCACUGUAUAGAUCAAGAAGUCAGCUGCUUGAGAUGGAUGGGGAGACGGGAAGGACAUGGAGUUCAUCAGGCAUCAGCCCGAGAGGAGAAAGAUGAAGCUUCCCAUGUAUUCCCGAGCUUUCUGUGCGUUGAAAGAGCAAAUUCUGAACAUGGAACCUGAAUGGUCACGCAUCUGAGAAGAGCGCACUGGAAGGAACACUGCAGUAUCACUUUUCCGGGCGUCACCAUGGCUGCUGACCCUCCAUGACAUCAACUUGAGCCGUAAAAAAAAAAGUCGAGGGGUGUAAACGAUGUCAGCAUACAACAUACUGCGAAAUGGCGGCGCAGGAAAUGGGGGCCAGCCAUGGGUCCUGCGAUGCUCCAACCGCAUCCGGCUGACUUGGCUCAGCUUCACGCUCUUCUUCAUCCUGGUUUUUUUCCCACUGAUUGCCCACUACUACCUCGCUGCCAUUGACGAGUCCGGUGGACCUGACAAGCGCAUCUUCGGGCCACGGGCUGGCGGUGAGCUGUGUGAGGCCAAACAUGUGCAGGACUUGUGCCGCAUCCGUGAGUCGGUGAGCGAGGAGUUACUGCAGCUGGAGGCCAAGCGGCAGGAGCUCAAUGGCGAGAUCGGCCGCCUCAACCUGCGCAUCGAGGCUUGCAAGAAGAGCAUCGAGAAUGCCAAGCAGGACCUGCUGCAGCUCAAGAAUGUCAUCAGCCAGACGGAGCACUCCUACAAGGAGCUCAUGGCCCAGAACCAACCCAAGCUCUCUCUUCCUGUGCGCCUGCUGCCGGACAAGGACGACGCGGGGCUCCCGCCGCCCAAGUCCACCCGUGCCUGCCGGCUCCACUCCUGCUUUGACUACUCACGGUGCCCGCUUACUUCCGGCUUCCCGGUGUACGUGUACGACCCAGGGAGCUACCCCUGGGGCGAGAACCUGGACCCGCUUGUGAAGCAGGCUUUCAUGGCUUCUGCGAAAGGUAGCAUUUAUGUGACUGAUGACCCCAGCAUUGCCUGCCUAUAUGUGGUUCUUGUUGGGGAGGUGCAGGAGCCCCCGUUCCACUCCUCCUCCCUCUUGCCAUCCAGUCUGGAGAAGCAACUGCACGCGCUGCCCUACUGGAGAAAGGAUGGCCACAACCACCUGCUAGUUCACCUGUCCAGGAAGUCCAUGACACAGAACUUCCUGUACAAUGUCAGCACAGGCCGGGCAGCCGUGGCGCAGUCCACCUUCCUGGAGCGGCAGUACCGGCCCGGCUUCGACCUUGUGGUAUCGCCACUGGUACACGCCCUCUCCGAGCCCAACUUUCUAGAGGUGCCGCCACAGGUGCCAGUGAAAAGGAAGUACCUCUUCAGCUUCCAGGGAGAGAAGGUUGAGUCCCUGCGGAGCAGCUUGCAAGAAGGUCCACCUCAGUCUUUUGAGGAGGAAAUGGAAGGUGACCCUCCAGCGGAUUAUGAUGACCGCAUCAUUGGUACUCUGAAGGCUGUGCAGGAUAGCCGCUUGGACCAGGUACUGGUGGAGUUCACUUGCAAGAGCCAGCCAUGGCCCACCCUGCCUACAGAAUGGGCACUGUGUGGAGAGAGGGAGGAGAGGCUGGAGAUAUUAAAGGCCUCUACCUUUGCCCUGGUCAUCUCCCCGGGUGAUGGGCAGCUGGUAGCGUCCGCGGGCUGUGGCAUACGGCUUUUCGAGGCCUUAGAGGUGGGGGCUAUCCCCGUUGUGCUAGGUGACCACUCCCGGCUGCCCUACCAUGAGUUGGUCAGCUGGAACGAGGCAGCCUUGCUGGUGCCCAAGCCACGCAUCACAGAGCUGCACUUCCUCCUGCGCAGCAUCUCCGACAAUGACCUAUUGGCCAUGCGGCGCCAGGGCCGCUUCCUUUGGGAAACGUACUUCUCCACGGCUGAGGGUGUGCUUGGUACUAUCCUGGCCAGCGUGCGCACCCGCAUCCAGAUACCGGCUGCCCCCAUCCGGGAGGAGCCUGCCCAGGAAAUCCCCCACAAGGUGGGAAAGACUGCGGGGACCGACCCCAACAUGGCUGACAAUGGGGACCUGGACCUAGGGCCAGUGGAGACGGAGCCUCCAUAUGCCUCGCCUCGGUUCCUGCGUAAUUUCACAUGCACGGCCGCGGACACUUACCGCGCUUGGAACCGGCCGCCGGGGCCCUUCCAUCUCUUCCCUCACAUGCCCCUGGACCCCGUGCUCCCAUCUGAGGCCAAGUUCCUGGGCUCAGGGACAGGCUUCAGGCCCAUUGGUGGUGGCACGGGUGGCUCAGGCAAGGAGUUCCAGGCGGCCCUUGGAGGUAAUGUCCCCCGAGAGCAGUUCACGGUGGUUAUGCUGACCUAUGAGCGGGAAGAAGUGCUCAUGAACUCCCUGGAGAGACUGAAUGGUCUGCCCUACCUCAACAAGGUGGUGGUGGUUUGGAACUCCCCCAAGCCACCCUCCGAUGACCUCCUCUGGCCAGACAUAGGCCUCCCAAUUGUGGUAGUCCGCACUGAGAAGAACAGCCUGAAUAACCGCUUCCUGCCAUGGGACGCGGUGGAGACGGAGGCCAUCUUGUCCAUCGACGAUGACGCUCACCUCCGGCAUGACGAGAUCAUGUUUGGCUUUCGGGUGUGGCGCGAGGCUCGUGAUCGCAUCGUGGGCUUCCCUGGGAGGUAUCAUGCCUGGGAUGUCAACCACCAGUCCUGGCUCUACAACUCCAACUAUUCGUGUGAACUCUCCAUGGUGCUGACAGGUGCCGCCUUUUUUCACAAGUACUACGCGUACCUGUACUCCUACGUGAUGCCCCAGGCCAUCCGAGACAUGGUGGAUGAGUACAUCAACUGCGAGGACAUCGCCAUGAACUUCCUGGUGUCGCAUAUCACUCGCAAGCCCCCCAUCAAGGUGACCUCCCGCUGGACCUUCCGUUGCCCUGGCUGCCCACAGGCCCUGUCACAUGACGACUCGCACUUCCACGAGCGGCACAAGUGCAUCAACUACUUCGUGAAAGUGUACGGCUACAUGCCGCUGCUCUACACGCAGUUCCGCGUCGACUCCGUGCUCUUCAAGACACGGCUGCCCCACGACAAGACCAAGUGCUUCAAAUUCAUAUAGGACUGCAGGGAGCCUGGAGUCGGGGGUGUGGAUGAAGGACAUCCUGCCAAGAGAUUACAGGGGAGGGGGGGGGGAUUGGUGUUUGCAGCAACCUUGUGACUUUGCAGGGGAGGAAAAACCUGAACUUUUUGACUGACUCAGUGAGACUUGAACAGAUGAUGCAAAUAACUGACAGGACAGUUGGAAAUAGAGACUGCUGCCAAACUGUAUUCGCCUUUAUUUUUGUUGUGUGUUAUAUCAGAAACCACUACAGCGCCUACUGAUUCCUCCUGCGGCUGGGACACGGCCUGUUAUACUGAGACGGGAACCCGAGGCUCUUAGACUGACGCGUAUUCUCCUGUGGGUGGGGUCCCAAAAUGGACUGGAGUACGAGGUAGUGGGCUACAAAGAAAGCUGUUGCACUCGGCUGCAAUUUUUUUUUUUUUUUUUUUUUAACCAUUUUAAAUUUAUAUACUCCUGUACAUGAAUUUUUAAAAGCACUAAUGGGUCACCUUGAUAUUGUAUUCAGUGAGUUUUCAGAGUGUGAUGUUUCAUUGUGUAAAAUCGCAGUGCAGCAAAUGUCAUUCGGCCCUUUCUGUAGAGGGAGAAGAGGACUGAGGUAACAGCCCAGUACUGGGUCCCAAAGAUGGAGGAGCUCUGUGCCAAGGACCCAGGAAGGACGGGUACCCCCUCACACACACGUAUACGAGAGUCGAGUCACUAUUUUGGUUCUGUACACAAGCACAGAUCCGUCGUUCACCUGCGAGCGGGAGGCUAACGUCUGUGCCAGAGCAACCAGCUUCUGUGUUUGUUUUUCACAAAGAAAUCCAAGGGUGUCGAAGCGAAUAAACCAUGGUACAACCCUGCAGGGUUCCGGC